AUGUUUAAGGCGUCACAACGAUUCUGUCUUCUUUUAAUUGUCAUUGUUUUGGUUUCUUCUUUCGCUUCAAUUUGUUGCUUAUACCUUUUGCCUUUGAGGAAAACUGUACACACUGUUGCCUCUCUCUCUCUUGUGCUCUCUACUUCUCUCUCUCUCUCUCUCUUUCGCUCUCUCUCUCUCUCGCUCUGGGCUCUUUCGCUCUCUGUCUCUCUGUCUCGCUCUCUGUCUCGCUCUCUGUCUCGCUCUCUGUCUCGCUCUCUGUCUCGCUCUCUGUCUCGCUCUCUGUCUCGCUCUCUGUCUCGCUCUCUGUCUCGCUCUCUGUCUCGCUCUCUGUCUCGCUCUCUGUCUCUGUCUGUCUCUGUCUCUCUCUGUCUCGUCUCUCUCUGUCUCUGUCUGUCUCUCUCUCUGUCUCUCGUCUGUCUCUGUCUCUCUCUGUCUCGUCUCUCUGUCUCGCUCUCUCUGUCUCUCUGUCUCGCUCUCUGUCUCUUCUGUCUGUCUCUGUCUGUCUCUCUGUCUCGCUCUCUGUCUCGCUCUCUGUCUCGCUGUCUCGCUCUCUGUCUCGAGAACAGGUCACCUUGCUGUUCAUUCCUAUAA